UCAAGAAUCUUAAAAGUUAAAUCUGUCAAAACGAAAACGCAGAAAAUUGUUAUGAAAAUAUUGAACGGUUUUUAAUAAAUCGCCAGAAAUUUAAUUUUUUGCAUAUUAAUUCAAAUGUUAUUUUAUACAUAUUUUUUUGGUACUUUAUACUAUGUUUUCUUAGAAUGGAAAUAGUAUUUUUAUUGUAUAAUGUGCUUACUAAGGAUGCGAUGGCUAUGAAUCUUUUGUUUUGCCAUGAAAUCUAAAGUACUUUAAUUUGAUAUGGAAGAAGUGAGGCAAUUGGUGCAGGAGGAAGGAAGGGAAGCAAGAAACUUAGUAGCGUAUCACGUUACCGUGGAAACCCCAGGUUCCAAGUUAUCUCGUAAGCCUCCCCGUGCAUUUCCACCUUUGCCAAGACCACCAGUUCGAACUACACGCCUCCGGUCAGCAUCAGCAGGCCGAGAUAAAAGAUCUGAACUCCGAGCACGUUACUGGGCAUUGCUAUUUGGUGAUUUGCAAAGAGCUAUUGGUGAAAUAUACAACACUGUUCAAGCAAAUGAGAACCUCAAUGAGUGCCAAGAAGUGAUACUUGUUUUAGAGAACUACACACGCGACUUUAAGGCUUUAGCAGAGUGGUUUAGAGUUAAGUGGGAUUAUGAUAACACCCCUCCACCGCAAAGACCACAGAGCCUAGCAUGGGAGAUAAGAAAGACUGAUUUUGUUAAGCCAGAACCAAAACGUGCAUAUUCUGUUAAAAGUUCCCCUACAGUGUCAGGCAAAAACAGCCCAUCAUUCUCUGGAUAUAAUACACCUAGUGGAAAAAACAGCCCUAACCCAACUGGGAAAGUGAGUCCAGGAAGUGGAAAAAUAAGCCCUAGGGUUGCUUCAGGCCAUUCCAGUACCAGUCCUAAGGCAAAUAUUGAGUUCUUUAGCAACAAAAUCAAUACUUCUAAAAUAACUGCUAAACCUGAACCAAAAAUUGCAAAAGAACUAUCUAGACUUUCAGAUAUCAAGGAAAAAGAAGUAAAAGAAAUAUGCGAGGAUCCUAAAGUAUAUGAAAAAAAGGAUGAUAUGGAUACAUUAAAACCAAAAGUGGUUGAAAUAGGACAUGCCAAACUAAGUCCUUGUGCAUCUCCAAAAUUGGUCGUCAUUAAGGCACCAAAAUCCUUGACUAAAAAAGAACAUAUUAAUAACAAAGUUGAAGAUAUGUCAAACCAUGCUCAGUCAACUGUUGACAAACUAAAUGUCAUGGAAAAUGAGUUCCUAAAAAAACAAAUUUUUAAAAAUAAAGCAAAAAAUGAUGAUAUGAUAAAUAAUGGUAUAGAGGCUGACAAGCCGAUUAAUAAUUGUGAUGCUGUUGAAAAGGAUUCCUCAGAUUUGAAAGUAAAUACCAAUAGCGAGUUAGUGAUUUUCGAUGCUGAUAAACCAGCCAUUGGUGAUAUUAAAUGUGCUAAUGAGAAUGAAAAACCUGCUGAUACCACUGUGAAAAACCGACGCCCAGAGACUUCUAAAAUUGAAAAAGAAAUUGAAGGGGAGCAAAUGAAUGAACAGGAAUUAUUGCACAAACAAGUGUUUAUUGAAAAAAAUGACUUAAUUUUGAAUCUAACCAAGAACAGUCAAGUUCUAGAAAAUAAAGAUGAGGGAACAGAUUCUACUCGUCAAAAUGAUUUUGUACUCAACAAAAACAAUUCAGAGGUAGUAGUGGAGGAAGAGGUUGAAAAAACAAUUAGUUGUACGUCUGAAAAAAACUCCAAAAAAGACACAGACAUGAAAAAAUCUGAGGCUAAGUUUUCCAAGCCAGCAUACUCUCAAGCAGCUGCUAAGCCAAAAGCAACAAACCAGACAGAAAAAACAAUCAAAGCAGAAACAAAACUGCCUAUAAAAUUUGCUCGAAGCUCAACAGUUGUAGAACUACGUCCACCGUCAGUCAAAACUCAAAGGCCUUUCCAAAAAAGAGUUCAAACAAGUAAAUGCAGUUAUCCAUUUAAUUUAACCACCGGAAGAUCAAGCCUUUUCGAUACAGUUCCCUCAACUUCAAUCAACAAAGGACAAAUUAUAACAAAGAAAACCUCGAUUAGAACUAUCCACAUGGGAUCGGGUGACGCCAAAUCGGGAACCAGAUUAAAUCUUAGAACGCGUCCACGGCCUUCCUCUUUAAGACUUAAUGAAAAGGGUGAUAAACGUGAAAACGUAAGCGUCUUCAUUGAACAAUCGGUUAAAAAUCCUAUUGCAAUCGAUAUGGCUAGAAAUGAAUCGAAUGAAAGUAUUAAAACACUUGUUCCAGAAGAUUUGCAGGCAACAACAGACAUCAACUCUUCAGGAGUUAAUAUGUACAGUAAAAAUGAUAACGAUGGUUGGUUAACAGUGAAAUCAAGGCGAGAAUCUAAAAAACAGUCCAAAAGCCAUUGGGCUAAUCGCUUCCGUCAACCGACAGCUACGGCAAGUCUACCAACGUUAAAUAUGUUAGAAUCACCCAAGGAAGAAAUCCCCAUAUCGAUUGAUAUUAAAGACAAUGGUGACCGUGCUAAAUCCGAACAACCACGAAAGGUUGAAAAAGAAAAAAAAAUUGAAAAGGCUGUAAAAUCAAGCAAGAAAUCUGAAAAAAGAGACCCUACAAUGAGGCGACAAAAAUCUGAUAUUACUGGAUUGAAAACGCGCUCAUCAAAAAACAAAGUGCUGACGAAAAAAGCUGAAAAAUCCAAAAGCGUCACAAAAGAAAAUAAUCGCUUACACUCCUCUCUGGAAAGCCUCACAAUGGGCCUAACACGAUCAGAUGAAAGUGUACACCAAGAGUUUGAUUUUGAUAAAUGGAAAGCUGAAUUUAAAUCGACAUUUAAUUUUUUGGAAGAAGACGAUCACAUCUCCGAUCAUAAUGAAAUAUUAAAAACCGCCGAUCCAUCCGAAAUGUCGGAAAUCGCUGAAAUGACGUCGCAAAUUGAGGAAAAUGAACGGAAAAUUAGUCUGGCUUUGGAUUUCCAGUCGGAAGUCGACCAGCGUAAGCUUUGCGAAGAAGAAGAUCUUUUGAACAGGCAAAUCAUGGAGCUACAACAGGUGUCGGACAUCGAUCUUGACACGGAAACUGAUGAUACUGAGACUGAUGCAGAAAUCCCCUUAGAAGAACCGGCUUCCACCCCAGUGCCGAUGCCUGAAGGGCUGGGGUCUCUUACGGCCAGUCUAGAAGACCAGUACGAAACGGCCUUAGCUGGGAUGUCCUGGGCAGAAAGAGUCGAUACGCUUGUGGUGUUGGAGGCCCUCGUAGCUAGGGAUCCUGGCAGGGCUCAGCAAUUGCACGCUAAGCUUUCUCAAGGCAUUAAACGACGAGGCAGUCUGCAAGAUGCAUUAAGAAGAUUACAGGCAAAACAAGCUAGAGCGGAGAGACAGCGCAUGUCGUAUCAGACGGAGAGGGCUAAACGCAUUCAUCAGCUGUUGGCCAGAGUGGAGGAGGUUAAGCUCGCCAAGAACCAGUUGAUAGAAGAAAAGAAGUCUAGAAUGGAGCGCCGUCUGCAAAAGGCUGCUGAAAACCGCGAUCAGCACUUGAAGGAUAUAGUUCGCAAAGCCCACGACGAAGAGGAGAAACUGCGCGAGAUUGCGUUCAUUAAACAAUUAGAAGCGGAGAAUCGAAGGCACGAAUUCCUGGAUCAGUGCAAAUCGUUAACCACUCGACUUCGGCAAAUGAGACGAGAUCGACUUACUAAACUUGAGCAAAAAGCAGCUCGCGAAGCGGCCGUCGGAGCUCGGAGACAAGCCUUAGAAGCGGCUAGAAAACUUCAAAUGGAGACCUUAUUAGAGAAGAGAAAAGAGAGGGAUGCAAGAUUGGAAGAGAUGAAGGAGCAAAAGAAACAGGAGAGGGACGAUGCGGCGAGGGAGAAGGCAGAAGCAGUAAAAUCUAGAUUAUCAGCCCUAGCGGAAGCAGCGGAAUUGGAAGCCGACGCUCUCAGGUCUCGUAUCCGGGACAAGCAGGACGCUAGCCAAUUACGACACACGUCCCAUUUGCAGGCUAUAAGGGAGAAGGCUACCGGACCAAGGCAACCUACAACAUCCGAAAGUCAUGACAAAGAUUCCCUAGAUGAAGCUGAAAAGGAAGAGUUGGAGAAGAAAGAGAAAGAUAGGUUAAAGUUUGCUAAGAAGAAAGCUAGGAAAAUGAAACAAAAACUUCUUGCCAACGGUGCAACUGAAACCAUAUUCGACAGUUAUUCUGUAAAUCCAAUAGAAAAAUUAUUAACUCCACCGUCUAUUGUAAAGACCAACAAACUAGUCUGUCAAUUAAAUGGUAUCCUUCAAAAUAUAACGAAUAAUAUUCAUAACGAUAACAGUGCGGAUCAAAAGAAGAAAGCUAAAAAUAAAAAUGGAAGAAAUAUAGAAGAUAAUGAAAAUAAUAAUAAAAAUCUCACGGCAGAUGUUAAAACUAUAGAGAUAGUGAAUAAUGAACUGAACGGUAUUAUAUCAACAAAUAAUAAUAAUGUCGAUAAAUUCGAUAUUCCUAACGGUCCUGGGAAAAACAAGAAGAAAAAGAAAAAAUCAGAGAACGUAGAAAAACUACCGAACGGUGUCGAAACAGGUAAAAAGAAAAAUCUUAAUAAAAAAGAUGUUGAUUCGGAAUCGUCCUCCAGCAGACGAAAGAAGAAGAAGAACAAAGAUGUAUUAACGGAGUUUGAUUUCGACUUAGAGGAAGAUAAUAAAAAGAGAAGGAAACGCAAUAGAAAUAGUGAAAUGGCGAAUCUCUUGAAUGAUAUAAAUAAAUGCAGAGCCCGCAAAGAUAAUAUCUUUGUGGACGGACCCGGAAUCGAGAAAUUAUUAAACGAAUUAAAUAGAAAUGUGGAGAGAUUGGAGCCGGAUACGUCAGAAAAUGCAGCUCUGCACAGAUACUUGGCCGUCAAAGCCACGUACGAACUCCUAGGACUUGUGGCUGAAAGAGAAGAUAUCGCUGCCUCUAUCUCUACCAAGUGUGUCACAGUGGGCGUGACCCUAAUAUCUCGUACGCUGAGCUCUUGUCCGGUCAUGGGUUCGCAACUCGCCGGCACAAAUAUGGCUGUACAUCUAAUCACACUGUUGGAACAAGUUGACAGAGAAGGCAUAUCACAGUCAAAGAGAACGGAACUAACUCGGCUCUUAGCUGAUAGCCUGUCCGUUGCCUUCGAUUCUGUGCUCUGCAUGUCCAGAAUUUACGAGGAUUCCCCAAAAAACAACGAUGCUGAAAGUCUAAGCCUCUUCAGGAGUCGAACGCACCAGUAUAUCACAUACCUAUGUCUCAGUGGGUGCCUCGACCGAGCUGAUAUGUCAGUAGAGGCUCGCGAGAGUAUUCAAACCUUGCUGACCGUUUGCGCUGACUUGUCCCAUCCUUGCUCUGUCGAUACUGGCAACGAUCGAGCUACUGCCAGACAAGCCCUGAAAACUGCUCUCGGCACGGGCAUAUGUGGCUCCAGAGCCGAAUUCUGCGUUUUAUUCGCGAAGGGCGCGUCCUUAGAGCAAUGUGGAGGCUUCGUUCGAGCAGCUCGAACUGCUCAUCUGUUACGGGCAUUGGCCGAAAUGGACCAUUCAAUAGUUCAAGAAGCCUUCGGUCAAGGUGGUUGGCCGAUAGAGUUCCGGGCGGCAGUGGCGAGACUUCUCUCCCAACAUGCACCUAACGACAAAGAGGCUCCAAGAAAGACAACAUUACGAUUAAGCAGCGAAAAACUGGAGCAGAGCCUUUCAGAGACCAUGGUUCUUGACCUGAUUGUUCUCAUUGGAUUUGUGGUUGUCAACAAUCCUCAACUUCAGGAGGCAAUCUGCGAAGGAUGGAGCGUCGUAAAAACACUGUGCACCUUACCGGCCAAUUGGCUGGUAUCGCGGACUCGCAGUCGCGCAUUGUUACCAACUCUUUGUGCGUUGGCUGAGUAUCCUGCCUGCGCUGCUGCUAUUUCAGCUGAAUUGAGUAUGACGAUGCUAGAAGAAUUCCUCAACAGUCCCGAGUCGCAAAAUCUUAAACUCGUUCAAGUGAUCAAACUAGGAAGGGCCAAGAAACACGGCAAGAAAUAAAUCGUCAAUUGCAUCAAAGGAUUUAGUUAAAGAUUUUCAAAAGGAAUUGUUUGCUAUGGUUAAGAAAUGCAUUACAUACAUAUUUCAACUAUGAUAAUAAAACUUCACUUAUCCAUACUAUUGAUGCGAAAAUAAAUUUGUUCGUCCUUCAAGUCGCAACGGUUGACUCCACAUAUUUUUACUUUGAUGGUAGGAAUCGAAAAGUGUGUCUUUUUGCUAUAACAACUGACUUAUACGCGACUGACUUAUAGACUUUUUGACUGACUUUAGACCACAAAUUGAGGAUAAAAGCAAUAUGAAGCUAAGUUGAAAUGUCAUGGAUUCUCAAGACAAUAUUGAAAAUCCAUUGGAGGGAUUAUAAUUCGGUUUGUCAGAAAUUAAUGAAGAAUAUUGUAAUUAUAAUAGUUAAAGAUCUUAAAAUUAACGACUUAAUAAGGUCGAACACGAAAUCUAUAUUGUACUUCAGUUUUAUUUCUUCAUUUUUAUUAUAAUUAUUAUUGUUUCUUCGAUUGGAUUUUUGUAAUUAACUAGUCUGCGUCCUUCGUGACUUAAAAUAUAUAUUUAUUUCAUUGUUUAAUUUAUUUAUAUUUUAUGUAAAUAAUUCGUUACUUAUUUUACUUUAUGUUUAAAUUGUUUAUUUAAGCCGACCCAACUUAUUGAGCGGCUCUUUAUUUUCACUUAAAUUUAGAUGUGUUGAAAUUGUCUGAAUAUAAACUAAAACCUCGUAACUACAAGUGCAUAAAAAUCUAUUUUUCAAAAAUUUACUUCAGACCGAUAUUCCAUAAAUUGUCUAUUUUAUAACCGUGUACUAAAUCCUUCCUCUUUUAUUCGGAAAUAUAUUCUAUUGUUACGGGGUUUCAGUUAUACAUUAUUGUAUUUAGACCCCACUCUGCGAUUUGAAAUGACCAGUUUUUAACUUUCGUGUUGAUUUAAUUGAAAAUCCAUCUAGUACUAUUUUUUUUCUAUGACCGUUGCGUUCUUUAUUUCUGAAGGUCGUGUUGGUGUUGCACAUCUUUUUCCAUCUAGAAAUUUUAUUCCCCCUGGUAUCCAAGAGUGGGGGGUAGGAAUAAAGUUUCAUAAAUCAAUAUAGGCAUUGAAAACGCAGACUGGGGACUUCAUGUUAGGAGUAUCUGCCGUGUCGAUGUUACUACUGUAGUGAUUGUGAAUCUGUACACUUUUUGAUGUCGCUAUACAUAUUUUUCUAUGAAUGUAGCGUUAUAUAACCUCUAUAUUCGUAAACCUGUUGAAUGUGACAUCCGUUUAGAUUCUUCGUAUACUUUCUGAAUUGUACAGUCUUAAAUCUUGGUAGGUUUGAGCCUCACGUCAUAAACGUAAAUACUAAACCGAAUCAAUAACACUGUUGCAUCCCUGGUAUAGGUCUCUUUUUUAAAAUAGGUGUUCCCCUUUCAUGAAAAGGCCGGCAACACACUUACGUGUCGUCUGGCAUUGAGAGUGACUAUGGGCUUACUCAUUACACAUAUCACGGUAUCACUUAAGAUCAGAUGAGUCUUGUACCCAUUUUCCCUAUUGUGCCCAAUUUGUUUUAUAAAAAAAGCAGUCAGAUGUAGUAAUAGUUGGGCGUGAACACUAAUUAACAUUUGCAGGUUGGUUAAAAAUGUAUGUGAUAUAAGAUACUUAUUUAUUUAUUGUAACUGCAUUUAAAACAUUUCGCUCCGACAGCAAGAUUUAAGACGUUUGCAUAAUUAUAAACUAAUUAAUGUCUAGCGAUUGCUUAUUCCAAUUUUGUUUUUCCUUAUGGCUGAAGUUUUGAGAGGGUAAAUUGUAAGUGUAGGAUUUAAUUAUUAAAAUUUAAAAAACAUAAACAUUUGAAUGGAUUUAAUAGUUUAACAUAUUAAACAAUAAUCAUGUUGAGUGUGACUUUUCAUAUUGAAGUAGCCAAAAGUUGUUUAAUACGGGUUUAGAUUUACUAUGCUAAAACAUGCGCUAUCUAAAAUAUUACAGACUAUUAAGUCCAUAAAAAUCGACAGAUUCACUGAUUACAAAAUUUGAAAGUAGGCGUGCUAAAAGUGUGCCUUGAAGGACACCAGUAACGAGAUGCAUGUUUAAAAUUAACAUUAAAGUUAAUACAGGUAUGUUGUGAUAAGAUUCGUCUUUAUAAUAUUCGGCCAAUGUAAAUUUUUUAUAGUGAAAUUAAAAAUGGAUGUAGAUUUUUGGGAUUUGAUGUUGUACUCGGCCAAAUGCUGUUAUGUGAACUAAUCUUUUGCUAUUUUUAUAAAUUUCUUUUGUGAUGUAUGCCAAUUUAAACUACACUGUGAUUUAUAUUUAUUGGUUUUAUAACUGCCGAAAUAUUGGAACAAUUUCAUUAGGUCUGUAAUUUUUGAUUUUAAAAUCCUUGCCCCUUCAACAAGAUCUCGUUGGCAGCUUCUCAUAAGUAACAGACCUCAUAUUAUUGGCCAUACUAUAUUUUUUAUGUUUAGUGAUAGUUAUGGCGGAUGCGUCAAAUGUAUUCAAUCUGUGAUUAUUUUUCGUUUAGCGUAAUGUCUGUCGCGUGUAACAAUUCCUUGUCUAAUUUAUGUAAGUAAAUAAAUAUUUGUGUAACUACU